GUCUCGGCUGUCACGCGAGCUGGAGCGGGUCACGGAGGAACGCGACAGGGCACGUGACGACGCGAAGCGCGCCGAGCAGCAACGGCAGCAGCUGGACUCCGAGCUAAAGGAGCUGCGCAAGACCUCGCAUCAACAAAUGCGCGAGGCAUCGGUUACCCAGAGCGAGGCCGUUCGCUUACUGACGGAGGACAAGAUCGCCGCUGACGGCAAAAUCGCCGGCCUUCAGGAGAAGAUCGAGCGGCUCGACAAGACGAGGAUAUUGCAAGACAAAGCCCUGAAAGAGUCGGAAGAGGAGGCGCAGCUGCUGGGUGCCCAGGUCGACCGCCUGACCGGCGCUCUGUCCGCUAAGGAAGCGACGUCGGCUAUGCAGCAGGAG